AUGAGAUCUUUCCCUUACCUUUUUUUUUUUUUUUCUUGCGUGCCUGCUUUCUUUUCUUUCUGGAGUGUGUUAUUGGGAAUGUUGGCAGCGAGGGGAGCCGUCGCGAAGGAGGGCGACACCGUCCUUCUCGUCCGCGGUCAUCUCAACCUUACGCCGCUCACGCUUCGGCCCGGGGAUCUGUUGCACUGCAAGGAGGGGAAAUUUCGACACGAUGACAUCAUUGGCCGACCUCUUGGGACUUGGGUCACGGGGCAGAGCAACAUCAAGGGCGACACUUCGAGGCCUCCCCGUCUUCUCGUUCUGCAAAAUAGCGCGGACUUGUGGACACAGGCGGUGCCCCACCGCACACAGAUUAUUUACGACACUGACAUUGCCGUUAUUAUCUUCAACUUGCGGCUCAGCCCGGGGUGUCGCGUCGCCGAGGCGGGCACCGGAAGUGGAUCGCUGACGCAUUCUAUUGCCAGGACAGUCGCUCCCAAUGGCAUGGUUUACACUUUUGAUUUCCACAAGGGUCGUUGUUUGGAGGCACGACAGGAGUUUCGACGCAAUGGCUUACCGGCAUCGCUCGUGACAUGCAAUUGGCGUGAUGUCUGCAGCAAAUCACUUGAGAGCGAUGUUUCUGCUGGCGUGGAGGACGAAAUUGGCGAGGGGACCGAUCCCAAACACGGCUUUGGCCUUUCUCGACACCACGUGGAUGCUGUCUUUUUGGAUGUUCCUGCACCGUGGCUUGCCAUCGAGAACGUCCUUCACAUUCUCCGGCCAGGUGGCAUGCUGUGCACGUUCUCUCCAUGCAUCGAGCAGUCGCAGCGGACAGCGCAACGUUUACGAGAGGAGCCCUUUGAGUUUAUUGAUAUUCGAACCGUGGAGGCGCUGACAAAAUACUUCAAGCCGUCCUUUAAGCGUGAUCGCGAGGAAGAUGGACGACCGUCCCGCCCCAAGCUGCGCCCUACAUUGGUAUCGAAGGGCCACAGCGCUUAUCUCACCUUUGCACGGCGGCGACUUGAGCGCAUUCCCGGACUGGACGAUGAAGACGAAGAGAGAAACGACGUCAGCCCCCGAAGCGGUGAGGAAGAAAACGCCGCAAGCUGA